GAGAAAGUUGAAGUGUCCACUGCUGCUGACGACUCUGUCUUGUGCCCACCACAACAACAUGGUCACCUUCCCUAAGAUGUGGAUACCUGUUGCUCUCACUCUUGUAUGUACACACCUGCUGGUGAACGGAUUUGCGAGUGAGCAGUGGUCCUGGGUACAGCAGCUCAGGGAACAGAUAGAAGAUAGUGAAGCUGCGAACAUCGUCCGUCAAGGAUGUUUGGAACCUUACGUUGCCGUGGGCGACCAAUGCCUCUUCUUCGCCACCUUCGCCGAGAUUAACUACGAAGAUGCUCGCCAGAUGUGUCACUCACUGGACGGGGAACUGGCAGCUGUCCUGACAGCCACACGCUUGAAGAACAUCAUAGACUACAUUAAUGAAAAUGGUCUGUCUGGAAGAAUAUACUGGAUUGACGGGAGUGACCAAGACAGUGAGGGGGACUGGCGCACUUCCUCGGGUCUGUCUAUACCCAUGGGAACACCAUUCUGGAAGGCGGAUUUAGAAUUUCAGGAGCCAAAUAACGUUAACCAUGAUGAAAAUUGCUUGGAAAUGAACUAUGAAUAUUUAUUUUACAUGAAUGAUAAAGACUGCUCUAGUCUCUUUUCGCUAAUAUGUGAACAACCACCACAAGAUACUGCAACGGUAGCAGCAGUGCCAGAGGUGCAGGACUGUCCCUCCUUCUUCGUGAGUGUGGGCGGCCUCUGUCUCUCCUUUAUGACGUGGGUGGAAGAGUCGUGGGAGGAGUCACGUCAGGCUUGUCAUGGCAUGUCAGGGGAGCUGGCUGCUGUUACUGACAUUGAACAACUGAGAGCUAUAUACCUGUACCUGCACCAGGAAGGGAUCGCUAGUCAUUCCUUCUGGUUGGGAGGCUCCGAUGCGGCCCAGGAGGGCGUCUGGUUGUGGACUUACGGUGAACCCGUCCCAAUGGGGGCACCGUUCUGGGGCUUUGUGAAGUCAAAUGUGUUAGAGCCACAUGGUGGAACAGCUGAGAACUGUCUUCUGUUGAACGCUGACGGCUUCCACUACUUCCGUGACUCCUCCUGUAGCCUGCUGAGGACCCCACUGUGUAUGUAUGCCGGGUAGCUGCUGGUGGAGCCUGGUGACCCAUGGUGAUCCCUAGUGACCCAUGGUGACCCCCUAGUGCAGCUGCUGACCACAAUAACUUGUUCAGUACACAUACAGCUGGACGUGUGGCAGCUCUCACACUUGAGGAGUUCACAAGGUGUUGCGAAAACUUUCUUUGUGAUGUCUGAGAAUAUUGAAGGAAUAAACAGCAACACAGA